AGCUCGGGAUCAACAUUCUUUUCAUCAACUUGCUGGAUACAGAGUAGGUUGAAUAUUUCUUUGUCAAGUUUUUUCAUAAUAUUUGUAAGAAAAAUUUUGCAUCUGCCUUAAAUAUAUUUAAAUUUUGGUUAAUGGAUAAUAAAGUUUGUAUGUUCUUAAUACUUUUUUAAUCCAACGUAUAUAUUUUCUCUGGAUUGUGCUGGAUUUACAGCCCGAUUAAAUGUGACACGACAGCCAUUUUGAAUAUAUUGUUGCAAAUUUUUGCCCGUAGCAAAUUUAUCAAAAAAUUUGUAUCUGGUGAAUUACAAUUAGUAAUUUUUGUUUGUUAUUUACUAUAACGAGCGGAAAUGUCUCCCAAAAAUAAGACUAAGCGGAAUUGCAGACUGAGAGACAACGAGGGCAAAGCAUCAAGGUCAAAGAGGUCAAGACAAGAGCGACCAGCGGUAGCGAUAGAGGUUGACGAUAAUCAUACAGUUCAGGAACCAGGUCCUUCAGGAAGCAUCGCCGCCCAAGAGAAUGUAGUUGGUGCCAGAAAGUCGAACUCUACCCCACUGGCCCCAGCACCUGUGCCUGCUUUGGCCAUUGAAUCUCAAUCAGAGGUCUCUGAAGUUAAAGUCUGGUGUGUGGGCUCCUCUAUUAUUAAGAAUGCAAUGAUGGCAUCAGUAUGCAGACCGGGGGGAACAAAUCUUGGAUUGGAUAGAUUGAAAAUAAAUAUCUGGUGGCAGGGAUAUUCAGGUUUGAAUUUUUUGGGACUUAAAAGAAAGCUCUUUUUUCUGACAGAAUAUGAGGAAUCCCCAGACUUUUUGGUUAUUCACUGUGGGGCAAACGAUUUAGGAUCAAUUGAUCUGUAUACUCUCAUUGAGAAAAUUAAAUCCCAUCUAAAGAUUAUCAAGACUCGCUUUCCACAUUCUACACUUGUUUGGUCACAGAUGCUGCCACGAAAUAAAUGGAGGUAUUCGGGGGACAAUAAAGCAAUGGAGCGUUCCCGUCUUAAGGCCAAUAGGGUAGCUGCUUCAUUAGUGUUAGAGUUGGGGGGUUGUUACAUAAAGUACCCUGAUUUAUUGAAAAACAUAUCGCAAUUUCUGUUGCCAGAUGGAGUACACCUCAAUGACCUAGGAAAUAAACUCUUUCUAAAUAAUAUCCAAGGGGGGUUAGAAUUUUUCCUGUCAAAGCAAGGAAAUGUGUAUCCUUAAACAAAACAUCAAGAACAUUGGUCCGUGGGGGCUUUUUGUCAGUUGCUUGGGUGCUCCCCCAUGUGUGGGAUGACUGCGAACUCUCCUUCGGUUGUUCGCUGUCAUGUGGCGUUUGCGCACACCAAAGCAACUGAGGCCUACAGAAACUUUGUAUUGUUGUGAAGUUUUCACCAUUGAACUGUGAAGGGGGUUGAAAUGUUGAACCAUUUUAUAUGUAAAAUAUUUGCUGAUAUGUUGAUAUAAUUUGUUUUGUGCUUGAAUUGUGCAUAUAACUAAUUACACUUAAAUAAGUAACCUUAAAUAAGUAACCACCCGCGGUUUACCCGGGGUGGUCAUUUUUUGCACAUAUGACUUGUUUGUGUUGAUGAAUUUUGUUGAAUUUGUGUGGGUUUGCCCAAAAGUUGUGUGUAUUAAUUGGCAUCCCACAAAUUACUAUGCCAC